AUGAGCAAAUACAAUGAGAAGAAGAAAAAGGAGAGAAAUUCAUGCUGUGAAAGAGAGGGUUUGAGGAGGGGAGCUUGGACUGCUGAAGAAGACAAGAUUCUUGUUGAUUUCAUCACAAAAAAUGGGCAUGGGACUUGGAGAAAUCUUCCUAAACUUGCAGGGCUCUUUCGAUGUGGGAAGAGCUGUCGACUUAGGUGGAUAAACUAUCUUCGACCCGACAUUAAACGUGGUCCUUUUAGUCCCGAUGAAGAGAGCACGAUUAUUCGACUUCACGAGUCGAUUGGCAACAAGUGGGCCACCAUAGCCUCGCACUUGCCGGGAAGAACAGACAACGAUGUGAAGAAUUUUUGGAACUCUCACUUGCGAAAGCGCUUUAGCAAUAAUAAAACUGUUGACCCGAAACCGAGCUCUCCCCUAACCCGCCACAUGGCGCAAUGGGAGAGCAUCCGCCUCGAGGCUGAGUCGCGCCUCUCGGCAAAGACUGCAAAUGUGGUGGGCCCGCAGGGCGAUUACUACCUAAACUUGUGGAACUCGGAAAUCGGGACCUCCUUCCGGAAGGUCAACGAGCUCGAGUUGACUGGUUGUUCCCAGAUGUCGUCGUCGGUCACGAAAGUCGACGCGUGCAGUAGGAAGGAGGCAGAUGAUGACGUGGCGGCUCGUUCGGACAUGACUUCAGAUCAGACAAUGCUGCUGCAGGAUGACUCGCCCGAUGCAAUGAUGAAGCUGCUGCUUGAUUUUCCCGUGGGGGACGAUUAUGACAUGGGGUUUUUUCAGGGAACCGACAUUUAG